AUGGCGGCGCCGCGGAGCACUGUGGGUCGGCGGGCGGCCAUGGCGCUGGCGGGAGGGAAGUCGCGGCUGUUCCGCUGGCGGCGCCUGGCCGCCCCGACCGGCCCGCAGGCCAGGUUUGAGUCCGACAGCACGGAAUACUGGAUGAAGAGAGUGGAGCAAGCCUCUGAGUAUGCUGUUUCUGAAGCUUUUUCCCUUCAAAAGCCCAAGUACCUGCAGGGGCUUUGUGAUCCUGCAGUGAGGAUGGAAACUGUGGAACAGCUGCGAGAGUGUGAUGAGGCAUGUCUGGAAGCCCGAGAGCUGCUCAGUAACUGGACUAAGUCCAAACUGCAGCUGACAAGUGAUGGAGAAGCAGCAGUUGACUCUGUCCCGGAAAAUCCUACAGCCCUUCUGAAGUAUGAGCGGUUUGAUGACUUGUACAACUAUCUGGAACAUGAAUUGGAAAGUUGUUCUGUCCAAGAGUACCUACAGCAUCUUUCACAGAGUGAAAUUGUGAACUGUGGGAUAGUGGAAAACCUCAGACUUGAAGACAUCAAGAAACAAAAACCUGCAGAUCCACGAAUAACCAUGGAGCUCAGACACAAGCAGGUAAAAGAAAAUCGACUGAGGCGUCAGAAGGCAUUAGAGCUUCAGAGACAAGAAAAGGCUCUGAGGAAGGCCGUUCUGUGCGAGGCCAAGCUUCAAAUACAGGAGGAGGACAGAAGGAAGGCCCUGAAGGCAAAGAAGGAGGAGGAGGAGAUCCGAAGGGAAAUGGUGAAGCUACGAAAGGAAAUGGCUGAGAAGAGGCAAACUAUGGCAGAAGCAUGGAGAAUGGAACAGAAAAGGGAACAAGAAAAAAGCCAGAAGCUGUCAGUGCAGGAGGUAUCUAUUAAUGUGUCACCACCUAUGGACCUGAAGAAAGAAGAGCAAGGAAAGGAGAAACAGAGGAGGGUUCAGGAGCUGCUGAGCCAAAUUCACACCAAUAAACAGAGAUGCAUGCAGCGGCAUUUCUCUGCUUGGUUCAGACUCAUUCUGGAGCACAGAAUUAAAAUGGAGAAAGCCAGAGCUCUUGCUGACUGGAAAUGCCAACAGAAGGUCCUGCGGGCAUGGAGAAACUACACAUGGGCCCAGAAAAUAGAGCGGGAGACACAGCAAUUAGAAGUUCAUCUGCAAGAUCAAAACAGGAAAAACCAGCUGUCGGCAGAGCAUAACCAGCGGCGGCUUUUGCGCUCCUGCUUUCUGGCAUGGCAGCACUGGAGCCAAGCAGAGGCAGAAAAACGAGAGCUGCAGCUCAAGAGAGAGGAGAUGAAGAGGAAGAUGGCACAGCUGUUGGAGACAGUGUCACUGGGGAAGAGUGGCUUGAACAGAACACUGGAGGUUAGCGAGUCUGAGACAGCAAAAGUAAACCAGCAUCAAGUUUUGCAGCAAGAUGAGCCAACCAAAACAUGCCUCAUGCAGGAAGAACCUGACCAGACCAGAGACCACUCUUGUAGGGAUGCUGCUCAUACAUCUCGUUCUUAUAGAAAACCCAAGUUUGCCUGGCAGAUCACCAUCAAACAUGCAGCCCUGAGUGCCCAGGACCAGGUUAUGUACAGGAAUGAAAUAGCUGGUCUUCCCAAGCAGUUUCAAGCACCCAGCCCAAAGACAGCUCCUGCUUAUGGUAGCUGUUUUGAGUAUCGUCACACCUUUCAGCAACAUCUGAUUGAGGAGCAAAAGCAGCAGCUUCAGAAACAGCAAGAGCUGAUCCUUGAACUGCAAGAAAAUCAGAGGCUGAGCAGAGCAAACGAAGAGGCAGUGCAAGCUACAGUGGCAACCCAGGCACUUGACUCUGCUUCACAAACCAAGGAGAAAAAACUGAAAAGCAGAAAACAAUCCAGAUGCCAGAAUACAACUCCUUUGAGUCUACCUGUUUCUUGUGAGCCAGAGAACACAAAGGCAGCGACGCAAGGCAAGAGGUCAGCUCAUCCCAUAGUGAAAGCUAUGGAGGAGAGAGCAAUUCAGAGGGCAGAACGGAGGAGGAAACUAGAAGAAGCUAAACAACAAAGAGAAGAUGAAAAAUUGGCCCAGCUGAAGGCUGAAGAGGAAGCACGUCAGAGGAAGGCGGCUGAGGAAAAGGAAGCUCAGCAAGAAAAAAGACGAGAGCAGAAGAGGCAGCAGAAGCUGAAAGAGCUGGAGAAGCAAAGAAGGCUGGAGAAAGAGCAACAGCUCCAGAAAAAGGCCAGAGAUCACUAUGAGAAGGCCCUACUGAGAAAACUGGGAAUGGUGCCAUGGAAGAAGCUAAGGGAGCAGGCCAUGGAAAGCAUGAUGGUGGCCCAAAGGCACUACUGCUCGAGUCUGCAGAGGAAAUGCCUGAUGAAUUGGUUCCAGCACACCCAGGAGAGACUCAUGGAGAAGGUGUCUCGGGCUGAGGGCUUCUUCUCCCACACACUGAUCAGAUGGUGCUUCAGGAACUGGCUAAAGUACAAAGAUUACUUCUCCACUCUGGAGAAGAAAGCAAGUGCUUUCCAUGCAGUCUGCCUCAAGAGGAAGUCUUUCUGGGCAUGGUUUGAUCUGAUCAUGGAGGAAAAAAGCACCUUAAAGGAGAAGCUAAAGAUUGCUACUGAACACUGUAACAAGAGACUCAUUCUUGAUGCAUUCAAGGCUUGGAGGCAGUACCCACUACUGAUGAAAAAGGAAAGAGAGAGAGAGGAAAGGAGGAACCACCUACGAAGGAGAGUGGCUGAAAUUCUUCCUGACUUCCAAACAUGACAGAAGAAACUGAAAGGAGACUGGGAAAAUGGACAAAAGGUCUCAUUCUGUUCAGUGCUAUCUUUCUUCCAGCUGAAACAAAUUCAAGAUGAAGUUCUGUUCAGUGAAAAUGGUAGUCUUACAGCCAAAGCAAGUUCCCUGGGGCCAAACCAAACGUACAUGGAACUUAGUUUGAUGUUUUUACUUUGGACUUGAGGGAGAAUUCUUCCCUAUGAGAUCUUCCCAUGAUGAAGUCUCCAUAGGGAUUUAUGGGCUGGUAGCAGCAAGGCCUAGGUAGCCACAGCAUUUCAAGCUGAGACCAUUUCUGCACUCAAAAGCUGCGGCGCUGACGCUAAUCCACCCCAGCUCAGGAAGCGGAGAACUGAGAUGUAUCUAUUAAGCAGAAACCUUGGUGCUUUUCUGUUGCCAGUACUCCACAGAAUGACAAAUUGACCAGAGAGCAAACAGACUUGACUAUCAGCUGAUCCCUGCUAACCGCUGCUGUGAACUUGGCCACACAAAGAACAGAUUUUAGCUAAUUGUGCCAGGGAAGUUUGGAUGGGAGGAGAAGAAAGAGCUGUUUGUGCAAAUCCUAUUUACUAACAGACUAGAUCACAGCAUCACAUAUGGAUAGUCUAAAACCUGGACUUUUACAGUGUCUAGUUUGUAGUGCUGUCCAGUUCAGAGGCAUGGUGCUUUGAUUUUGGUGGCAAGCGGUUACUCCAGGUUUAUGAACCUCUUAUGAUCCCCUCCUACCUAAGCCAUUCUAAGAUCAUCUAGUUCCAACCCCCUGCCAGCCAUCACAUCUGGCUGCCCAGAAUCCUAGCCAACCUGACCUUGUAUAUCUCCAGAGAUGGGGCAUCCACAACCUCUCUUGGCAGCCUGUGCCAGUACCUCAUCACCCUCUGAGUAAAU